AUUGGAGCGAAGUUUGAAAACUCGUCGGCCCCGGUCUGCUGUUGGGUGUCCGUGACUUGUGGAUUUCUUUCUUUCUUUCGGUUAUUACAGAGCCCCGCACCUCGUUCACGCCGAUAAUCGCCACCAGUCACUCGGUAGUCCCAAACAAAGUCGCCAGCAUGCCUCGUGGCACGAGGAAAAGUGAGCUCUUGGCCUCUUCGUUGAUCACCAGCAUGAAUCACACGUUCGCAAGGCUGAUGGACAUUUGGGAUGAGCUUGGUCUCUUGGAGGAGAAACGUAUGAUGCGCAUGGAGGAAGUAAAGCAUUGCGUUGAGAGACUGCUGAGUCGUAUGAUCAAUGAGGAAAUGGCAAUGAAAGAUCGUAUCGAAAGAAGUAUUCUGAACUCCAAAAAGGAACUGGAAAUACUGUCUCACGAAUUAUCUCUUGAGGAAUAUAAGUUGGAUGAGGGCAUGACCGUCCUUCAGAUGGAGAAAGACUUAAGAGUAAAAUUGGAACUUCUGAGAAUUGAGAAGAAUGAACGUCUUGAAGAACUGAGGAAGCUUCAAGAAGAGGACCAAGACCUGUGCUCUGAGCUUUUUGUCACACCUUAUUACAUUCCAACUGGGUGCAUGCCUAGUCGUGAGCAGCUGGAGGAGCUUAAAGAACACAUCAAGCUUCAGACCGAAGAAAAGAAACAAAGGAUGCUUAUCUUUUCCAAUCUCAGAAGCGAAAUCCGCCAUGUGUUAGAAGAAAUGGGGCGAGAACCUCAGUCUGACCUAGAACAGGACGCCAUCUGUGGGAACGAAGAGGAUUUCACCCUUACAACUGAAAACAUUAAAGCCCUUAAACUGCUGAAAGAGCAUCUCGAGCUGAAAAAAGAAUCUCUGCUGUUCACAUUGAAUGAGAUCAAAGAAAAGGUCCAGGUUUUGUGGAAUCGUCUGCAAGUUCCUAAGGAGGAGCAAGAUACAUAUCUCCAUACUCCAAAGUGUCCUAUUUCUACUGCAAUCAAGCAGUGGGAAAAUGAGCUCCUUCGUUUAGAGGAGCUUAAGAAGUCAAAUCUUAAGGAGGUCAUUCUGCGUAUAAGAGAAGAGCUAAAAGUGUACUGGGACAAAUGCUUUUACAGUACAGAGCAAAGGAAUGUCUUCGCUCCGUACUAUGACGAUGAUUUUACUGAAGAGCUGCUCAGUCAACAUGAUGAAGAAGUGGUACGAAUGAAACGGCAAUAUGAAAAAUGCAAAGAAAUGCUUGACGCCGUGAACAAGUGGGAGUCAAGCUGGGAGCAGUUUGUUAUACUAGAGAAAAAAGCAUCAGACCCUAACCGAUUCUCCAACAGAGGUGGGAGUUUGCUAAAAGAAGAGAAGGAGCGUAUGAAGCUUCAAAAACUUCUGUCAAAGCUGGAAGAGGAGCUUAAGACCCGCAUCGAGGCAUGGGAAGCAGAACAAGGAUCUCCAUUUUUACUGAAAGGCCACAGGUUUAUGGAUUAUGUAGCAAGUCAGUGGGAGAACCUCAAACUACAGAAAGAAAAAGAGAAACAAGAACGAACACACAAAAAGGAAGACAGCAUAGCUUUCAAGACACCGGUAAAACGUCCAGCGGGAUCUUGUACUCAGGGAACUCCUAGUAACAAGACACGAAAGCUAAAUGGAACAACUUCAAUUAUGUCAAGGACCACUGUAUCUGCAAAGACACCACUACCUACCAUCAAGACUCCAUCGAAAACUAAAGAAACCCCUGUGAGAACACCUUUGCAUGACAGUAACAAACAAACCAGUAUGUCUUCCAGUCAGCCUGGCACCUAUUCAGAAUUUAAGGAAGCAAUAUCAAGGAAAUCCAACAAGGAUGUCGUUUUUAAUUCCACAGUGAAUGAAAAUUUGUAGUUGUGAUCCUGGAGUCCUGCACUUUCAGUUAAUCUUAAGAGCCUAUACUAUCCCAAAGAUGAAUUACAUGUGGACUUUUCCAAAGCUUGCCACUCUAACCCAAAAUGUAUACUGAAAGCAGAGACGCUUCAUGAGUGCUUACCUUGGGAGGGGACUGUAACCGUCGUUCUUCAGAAUCUGCAUUUGUAAAUAAGUCUUUUUAUUCCUCUUCCUUUUUUAAAUGUUCUUAUUUAUGUCUUAAAAGCUGGCGUAAAUAUUCUGGGGUGUAGAGUGUUGGAAUUAUGCUGGAUUGACUUUGUAGGUGUGCUAUAUUUUUGUCUUUCUAGUGUAUUCUCUGUAAAGCUUAAAAGGAGUGAAUAAACACGGUGAAAUAAA